AUGACUGAGGGGGUGGAGACCCCCGCGGAGUUUGCUGUUGGGUGCAGCGUCAGAUUGCGGGAACUGUCUGGGGAGAUAUUUGCGGUGGAUCCCACAUACAAGGUCGUAGUCCUGAAGACGCUGGGCGCGGAUGCCGACCUGCCCGACAUAGCGAUCCUGAACAUGGAUUCCGUCACAGAAAUAGUCGAGGCCACCCCUAGGAAGACUGCUCCCUCAGAGGACUCGGACCAGCUCCCGGAGGUGGACCCCAAGCGGGGCAUCCAGCGGGAGGCUCGGGCCGUGCGGCUUGCCCAACAGGACGCACAGAGGAUAGGAGUUGGAGUCAGCAGGAGGGGCCAGGCAGUGUACGAUGCGAUAUCCAAGACCCUGCCGUGCCACUGGGAUAGCAAGACCAUCGUGGUGCUGGAUGAGGUGAGGGCAUUUGCGAGGCUGUCGUGA